AUGGCCGACGAGGAGGGCGCGCCCCCCCUCGCCGAGGUGGAGCCUGCGCUGGCCGACGCCGAGGCGGCGGCGGCGGCCGACGGCGGCGGCGACGCGGCCGAGGCCGCCGCCGUCGCCGCGCCCAUGGACUUCGCCAAGGAGGCCGUGCCCGUGGCCAUCCCGGCAAAUUUUUUCAAGCAGGUGGAGAUCGACCUCGAGGACGCGCGCGUGGGCCUCGCGGGCGUCACGACCCACGACGUGCCCCACGUCUCCGACGAGGUCAUCCUCCAGGCCCUCCGCGAGCACAAUUUGGUCCUCACGCUCACGCGCGGCGACGUUGACCGCCACGACGACGAGCUCGAGGCCGCGCGCGAGGAGUCGCGCCAGCUCCGGGCGCGCCUCGAGGCCGCCGAGGCGCGCAUCGAGGCGCAGGCCGACGACCUCGCGGCGACGAAGGCGCGCGUGGCCGCGGCGGAGGAGAACGUCCAGGCGCUCCAGGACAAGGUCUCGGGCCUCGACGACCUCGAGGAGACGGUGAAGAGCCAGGGCCUGCGCCUCACGGCGCUCCACGAGACCCAGCAGGCCAUGGGCGCCCGCUUCGACAAGCGCUUCGAGGCCGCCGAGGGCGCGCUGGCCCGCGUCGAGGGCCGCGUCGGCUCCGUCGAGGGCGCGGCGUCGCGGCUCGAGGGCCGCGUGGACAAGCUCAAGGAGGAGCUCCUCGUCCCCGCGCACAACGUCACGCUGCCCGCGGACCUCCAGGCCGAGGGCGAGGCCGGCGGCUCCGAGGACGACGUCGCCAAGCUCACGCACCUCCUCGGCGUCUUUCGCGACUCGCUCGAGGCGCACGAGGCGGCCGUCGAGCGCCAGCGCAAGAUGCUCGAGGAGCACGCCGAGGCCAUCGACGGCAAGGCGUCCAUCGACGUCGAGGACGCCGUGCGCGCCCACGCCGCGCACCUCGAGGGCGUCCAGAGCCGCAUGGACGCGCGCGCCCGCGCGGACGCGGACUGCGACCUGCCGACGAUGCUCGCGGACCUCAAGGCCGCGGAGUCGCAGCUUUUGGCGAUCCUCGAGCAGCUCAAGUGCAAGGUGUCCUACGACGACGUCGACGUCCAGGUCGAGGGGCGCUACGCGGAGAUUUUGAAGUACCUCCAGUCGACGCUCCGCGCGACGGAGGCGGACGACGACGACGUCCGCCGCGAGGCCGCGGAGCUCCGGCUCGCCCUCAACGAGAUGCGCAUGACCAAGGCGGACCGGGGCGACCUCGCCCAGCUCCGGGCCCAGGUCGCGACGCAGGUCGACGACGCCAUGGGCGCGACGGAGAUCGAGGAACUCCGGCGCGACUUGGACGCGCGGCCGCGGCGCGCGGAGCUCUUCGAGCUCCUCACGAACAAGGUGAGCUUCAGCGACCUCCAGCGGUCCAUCGCCAAGCUCGAGCAGCGCGCGCCGCCGCCGCCGGCCGCCGCGCCGCCGCGCGACGACGACGACGCCUCGACGCUCAAGACGGCCGACACGGCCGACAAGAGCAAGCGCGCGCGCAAGCACGCGCAGCAGGUCCUCCGCGUGCCCCACGGGCCCGAGGACGCCGCGGCGACGGCGCGGGGCUACGGCGACUUCAAGCGGCCCGGCUCCGCGCCCCUGGACACGCUCCCGCCGCGCGCGUGCCUCUCGUGCGAGGCGCCCCUCGUCAACGCGGCCGCGAAGCUCAAGCACCAGACCAAGGUGCUCGGCGCGGGCUUCGCCGUCGGCGCCGCGCCCCUGGGCACGCUCGCGCCGCUGGAGCACGUGCCCGACGGCGGCCACGACGCGAGCCGGCCCCUCUACGUGUCCGCGAUCCCGCCGCCGACGGUCGUGCCCGCGCCCGGCGCGCCGUCGCACGCGCCGCUGCCCCACGCGUCGAGGACCCUCAGCGACCGCGGCCUCGGCCAGACCCGCUUCUAG